AUGCAGCAACCCAAAAUCUUUUACCCACAGCAUGAGACAUACCCCACCAGGCCUUUAGAACGACCGGAGGGCCAGCCAAAUCUACCCUUCUCAGCUUUCGUCCUUCCAGAGAACCUUGCCUCCGUAGGGACGCCUGCCUUGUACCAGCCCCCCAACCAAGAGAAAGAGCUUUUCGCAGCACCCCCAGCAGGAUUCCACAUGGCUCCGUGUGGCUGUUUCUUCGACCCCAGGAUCUACCGCAUCGAGUGGGCAACAGCCAAUUUUGUCCAGCCUUCGGUGUACAAAGUCUCCAGCGGGCCAGGCCCACAAAGCACGUAUCUUCUGGAUGGCCAGAAGUACCUCAAGGGCCCCGUCCAGCCUGUUCCUUACCCCCCGUACCAACACGUUGCCAGCAACCCCCCGUUUGUUCUGCCCUUUUUCAAGACCGAGGCUCCUGCAGGGGGCAACCUGAUGGACCGUGUCAGCCUCAUCGGCCACCCAGUCCACAGUUCCCUGUUUGCGGACGUGCCCCGUCUCUCCGCCGAAGGCCAGGUGCCAAGCGGGGACCAUGCGCUGCCAAUCACGAUUCCUGGACCCCCCGCAAAGGAGUCGCCUGGUAGCCCGGUUGUCGUUGCUUAUGAACAGCCCAAAGGGCAGCUGGACCCCUGCCCGGAUUUGGCCUUCCAAGUGUUCAAGGACUUUCCAGCAGAAGAUGGCAGAUUUAAGGACAGCGAAGGGAGCCAAGAUUUUGUAGCGACCUCUCCGGGCCCCAGUGUCCCACCUGAAAGCCUUGGUAUGCCUGGCACAGAGGUAACAACAGGCACAGGGGACAGUGCAGACCUGGAGUGCCUGCUCACCAGCGAAAGCGCGUUGCUGGAAGACCCGGAGGAGCCCUUCAGCCUCCCUGACAAGGUCCUUUUGGAAGAUGCCAUGAAACUCUUUGACUGCUCUCCGGCGAACUCUGACACGGAAGUGUCCCUGGAUGACCUGAGCAGCGGCGGUCCCCACGGGCACCAGCACGACACUCUGCACGACGCCGGCUUCUCCAGCGAGGACUCCUCCAGCGACAUCCGGUCCCUCAACCUGCCGGAUGAGCUCCUGUCUUUCGACUACAGCGUCCCCGAGAUCCUCAACGCAGUGACAAGCCUGGAUUAUCUCUAUGACGUGAAUGCUUUUGGGGAGGACACACGAUGGGAGGUGCUGAGUUCCCAGCCCGCCCCCAAACACGAGUGCCAGUUGGAGCUGCAGCAGAAAAGGCGGAGCGGCAUUGCGGCUUCCAGGAAAGCAAAACCCACAACUGGCAAGCCAAAUCUGGCACCAGCACAGAGGGGCGAUGGGGAAGCUCGGGAGGUGGAACCCACUCUCCCAGCAGUCUGA